CAUUGCUCUAGGAACAGGUGUUAACCGACAUGUUAUGUCAACACUGAUGCAUAAGCUGAGAACUGGUUUUCAUCGUGAUUUCGCAAACGGUCCAAUCACAAUGGUUUUCGAGGGUCAGCCAGAUCACUUGGUGCCUGCCAACUCUUCUGUGAUGGUGGAGAGUGAGCUCUUCCUCAUGGUAGGCCGAAUGUUGGGACAUUGCUUUUUGUAUGGCGGCCCUGGUUUCCCUGGUCUGAGCCCAGCCAUUAGACAUGUCCUGUGUGGUGGCUCUAUGGACACUGUCCAAGUCACAUACGAAGACUGUCCUAAUUUGGACAUCCGUGAUACCAUCCAGCUGUUGGCAGAAAAUUCAGAACUCGUAGGUGCACAGCGUGACAGUGUUGUCCGUCUUUGCAUGGCGUGGGACUUGCCGCCUCCAACUCAAUCCAACAGGGCAUGGCUUCAUGACAAGAUGCUCAUGCAUGCGGUUCUGGGGCGAUCUGAUAGACAAGUGAAGCAACUACAGAAGGGACUGAAGGAGACUGGCAUCUGGCCUCUUCUAUCCAGCAGAGAGGAUGUGGUCAAGUUACUUUUCCCUUGUGAGAAAGAGGCUGAGAUCACACCUCAGAUGAUACUUUCAAACAUUAGAUGGCCUCCACUCAGUCCAGAUUCUGAAGAUGACGACUAUGACCUCUCGGUUGAUGCCAUUGCACGGGUCACGACUUACUUCAAGAACUUCAUUGGACAAGCCUCUUCGGAGCAGCUGAAGGAGCUGCUGCGUUUCUGGGUGGGCUGGGAAGUUCCUCCCCAGAAGCUGAUCCUGCGGGUGGACGGGGGCCGUUUCCCCCGGGCCUUGACAUGCAGUGAGACUCUAAGGCUGCCUGAGCACUACACCACCUACAAAGAGUUUGAGUCUGACUUGGUUGCUGCAGUUAGUACCUGUGACACAGGGUUUGGUCUAGUGUAAGUUGUUGCAUU